AUGUUAGACCACAUAAAAACUGGACUGCAGCAAUCACCUGUCCAGCGUUCUUUGACCCUCAAAUACAAUCCGAAAAACUCUUCUAAUGAGGAAGAGAGUAAUGAUGAAAUAUUUGUUUUAGAGAGUAGUUUCAACGAAUGUACCUAUUACAAAACCAUAAACGACCAAACCCGAUCUGUGUCCAAUAAAAUAGAGAGUAAAAAUGCACUCUGUGACAAAGGAAUUCUUACUUCGGAAAGUUGGGUUCGCUUUACUGGCUGCGGAGGAACAGCCAUUCCUAACAACCCGCCACAGGCAUACCGCUGUGGAACAAAUGCUCCAGGUUGGAUCCGUGGUGCCCAUCCUGCUGUUGCUGAAGGGGUUGUGAAACGACAACUUUGCUAUCGCUAUAAUGACAAUGAAUGUCAUUUUAGCUCUUAUAAAAUUUCAAUUCGGAAUUGUGGCUCGUUUUUUGUUUAUAAACCACCAGAUUUGACAGAAUGUUCUCUACGACUUUGCACAGAAAUCCUCGAAGAAUGCUUUUAUUGCCCAGUUGGUGUCCCCAGUCCCUUCGUCAUCCCUGACAAUCAGAUGACAGCUUCAUCCCAUUAUAAAAAAAAAGAACACUCUGCGAAGUAUGGACGACUUUUUAACGAGUCAGGUUACGGUUGGUUUCCAAAGAACAAUAAAAAAACAGACUGGCUUCAGGUUGAUCUUGGUAAAGAGUUUCAAGUGUGUGCUGUUGCUACCCAGGGAGGCAAUUAUGAUAAAGAAUGGACGACAGCUUUCAAGCUUCUUUACUCUUCCGGUGAUAACAAUCGGAAAACGUACAAGGAUGGAAAUGGCGUGGAUGUGGAAUUUCGGAGAGUUGGUAAAAAUCACGGUGUGGACCGACAUAAGCUGUCAACACCAGUGGUUGCAAGAUACAUUCGCUUCCAUCCAACAGCGAAUGAUGUUUGGGACAGUCUAAGAGUGGAGGUGUACGGCGCCAAAAAAGGGGAAAAUGAUGCAUGUCGAGUUACUGAUACUUCCGUACAGUGUUGUCAAGAUGGUUAUGAAGGAAAUCCGUGUAGGGAUCUAGACGAGUGUUCAAUUGGACACCAUGAUUGCCAUAGAUAUGUUGUUUGCCAUAACGUGAUCGGAUCCUACACUUGUUAUUGUUCUUGUUUUAGAAAAACAAAAAGAGCUUGUCCAGAACAUUCCGUAUGCAUCGAAAUAUCACCCAAUGUCUGUCUUGGAUGCUGGUGUAAAUACUAUUACCCUGGACGUCCAGCAGUUGAUCCGUGCAGAGAUCAGACGGAAAGCAAUUCGGGAAAUUCAAUUGACUCAGUGGAGGUUUUUAUCCAUGACACAAACACGCAGCCAAGCACACCAAUGAAGUUUAGACGUGACCAGACGAGAAUGUUGGUCGCGUCUUUAAAUAUCAAGAACAAGAGAUUUCCUCCUAAAAAGGUUUCGUUUUGCUGGAAAAUUAGCGAACUUUUUCUUCCGCCUUUUCGCACUUCUGUUCAUAAUCGGACAGAGUUGAUCGUCAACGACACUCUUGAACUGAACAUAAGUCCAAAAUUGCUGUCGACAGGACUUAAACUGGUAACAUUUGAGCUGCAAGGAGUAAAUGAGUCUUCACUGACUGCUCGAGACUUUGCUUUCAUCGAGGUUGAGAAGGCACCUCUGGUAGUCACCAUUGCAGGAGGAACUGAAAUCAUCCGAUCAAAACAGAGACCAAUUGCUUUGGAUGCCAGUUCUUCUUAUGACAGCGACUCUAGCGAUGAAACUUUCCAAGGUGUGAAAUUUGAGUGGUCUUGCUAUACAGACGUCACUUCUUCAGGCUCGUACAGCAUAGUCAAUAAACUUGUCGCCGCGGUUGGUGUUGGAACUCUUUUUAAGUUGUCAGAUAAUGAAGUCUUUCCUGAAGGAAUAGAGGAACCAAAAGUUACCCUAGAUGCCAAAAACUUUAUAAACAACCAAACAUACUAUGUGGUUCUGACUGUAACCAAAGAUAACCGCACAGCAAGUGCCACACAGAUUGUUCAUGUUCAUAACGAAGACUUACUCGAGAUUCGUAUUAUGUGCACCAUGAACUGUGACUCACCAGCCAGUGCAUCAUCUCGUAUCUCCCUAAGAACUGAUUGCAAUUCAAAACGUUGUCCUGUUGCCUUUAAAUAUAGCUGGAGCCUGUUUAGAAAUUCUGGAAACGCUUCUCAUCCCAAAUGGUCUUCCCAGACUGACUUUCAAUCUCUCCUGAGUACAAAAGUGGAUUCGAAAAACCUUGUUAUCAAAGAACAAAUGCUUGCAACCGGCUCCUCCUACAAAGUCAAGGUAGACGUGAAAUCUGCGAACGGAUCAUUUGGUUGGGCGGCAUACCAAUUUUACACCUUGGUGGUUCCAUCAGGAGGAAAAUGUAAAGGCACACAGUUGGAUAAGAAAGAUGUAGGAUCUUGGGUAAAGAUAACCUGUCAAGGCUGGAAAGAUGGAAACCUGCCUCUCAGCUAUGAAUCCAUCCAAGAGUUAGAAGAUGGAGAACUCGAUAUGCUGUCUUAUGGAGUUUGGCCCAACAGUAUUGUUUACAUACCACCUUCAUAUAAGGACGACAUUCGUUUUAAAGUAGCAAUAGUUAACGUCGAGGGAGCAGCGUAUACAACAAAAUUCUCGAUCAAGCUAAAUCAGUUAUAUUCGUUGUCAAAGGAAGAAGUAGAUUAUCAAGACCUGCACCAGAAAAUUUCAGUUAUGGAUAACUAUUUUGCUCUGGGAGAAGUUAAUAUGGCAAUACAAGAAGCAGGCACACUUCUCUUCUCACUCAAAAUGGUCUCAGAGCAAGCCAACGAGCGAUUACUUCAAAUGAAAAACCACAUUAUUUCCAAGAUAUGCAAAAUGCGGACUGACAGACUGGAGUGGUUAGUCCAGGUUGCUGCUAUUCUGAACAAGGCUACAAAGGGUGACGCCCUUGUCUCACACAAUGCAACGAGCACUUUAUUGGACAAACUAGAGGAUUUAACCAAACGGAUUUCAACCCAAACUGCACAGGGACGCAAUUCUGAAACUCGCCAUGUUCGAGAGGGAUAUAGAUUGCUACUGUCUUGUAUUACAAAUAUCAUGGAUUCCAGCUCCAGCAGACUUCUCACAGCUAAUCUGUCUGCUAACUUUGAUGAAGACGAAGAGAUAAGCAUGGGAAAGACAGUUUCGGCCCGAUGCCAAAAGCUGACAGAAGUGAUUACCAACGCAUUGCUAUCGUUCAAGUUGCCCGGAGAAGAACACAGCACCAUUCGCAAUGGACUUCAAUCGACGACACUAGGCAAAAAAGAAUCAAGUGACUUGAGUCUUUUAGAAUUCAGCGACGGAGAAGCCAGUUUUGUGUUCCCUUAUCUAGAUGAAGAAGGGUUGAAAAGUUGGAUUGGUGACGUCUCUGAAGUGGGAAUAGAGAUGAUCAGCUAUCAUUUCAACCCAUUCGUGACGGACAACAGCAGCAAUAGAAUAAGAUCAAACGUUGUCAGCCUUGUCCUAAAAGAUGACACCGGGAAAGCUCUCAACACAACUGAACUGCCUUCAUAUAUACAAAUUAAUAUUCCAGUAUCAAAUUAUGAUCCCGGAAACAGCACACGCUCGGAUCAUUUCUUAAAUCCUGGAAGGAUGCAAUAUCAUGUGGUAACCGUACGGGAGGUCAAUACCACCGUGAAAAUGACCAUUACAACUAAAACAGCUUCUUUUCUUACUGUGUAUGUGAAAUUUGCUAAACAGCCGACUGAGACAUCUUACGAUAGAGUGAUUUACUCGUCUGAAGAGAGACGAGUAAACAGCACGGACAAUGAUUGUGCAUUAGGAAAAGCGUGUACUCAUAGUAUCGCCUUUGAGUGCAGACAUUCGGGUAAAUAUUACGUUGGUUUAUUGGAGAUUAGUGAGUCUCGAAGAGAAUUGCCACAGUCAAGGAGUAGACGAUCCAUUCUAUCAGAGCGAGCCUCGCGAGAGAAGUGCGUAAAGUUUAAAGAUCCUCCACCCACAGUUGCUCCUCAAAAAGAGUAUGUCAGUCUUGUUCCUCAGUACGACUUUAAUAGGUCACUUAAUUACAGUGUACAAGUGGAAACAAUCUGGUGUGCAUUUUGGUCUGAGACUAAACAAAGAUGGACAAACAAAGGAUGCAAGGUGAGCCAAGAAUCAAACCAUUCUUCUCUGAAAUGUCUCUGUAAUCACUUAACUGCAUUUGGCGGAGACAUUCUUGUGGCACCAAAUACCAUUGACUUUCAACGGGUCCAGCAGGCAUUUGAUAACGUGGAUCCUGAUGACCUUCUCGUCUUGAUAACACUGUGUUCUACCUUUCUGGUUUACUUUCUUGUUUUGGUAAAAGCACGCAGGGCUGAUAAAGUGGAUGCGACAAAGGACAGUCCUCUGAUACCCUUGUUGGAGCAUCAAAACGGUUUUUACAAGUACGAGGUAUCUAUUACUACAGGUGGAUGGAAAAGUUGUGGUACUACUGCCAAUGUAUCCAUGACUCUUCAUGGGACUGAAAAUACCACUGACUUUAUCAAAUUGACAUGUGACAUCCCAUAUGACAGGAAACUGUUUGCUGAAGGCAACACUGAUAAUUUCUUGCUUCGACAUAAUAUGCCGCUGGGUGAGAUCUUUUGUGUGCAGAUUGGCCAUGACAUUUCUGGCGAGGACCCAUCUUGGUUUAUCAGUGAGAUUUUAGCUGUGGAUUGUCAAACAGGUCAGCAAUGGCUCUUUAGUUGUCACCGCUGGCUUGCACUAGAAAGAGAUGACGGUGACACAUUCAGGAGAUUUUAUGCAAAUGACUUUAGAGAGGACGAUGAAUUUAAAAGAACGUUCAGUGCACUACGAAGAAAUGGUUUCGCUGACGAUCACUUGUGGUUUUCAGUGAUUAAGAAGCAGCCAAGGAAUCACUUUACUCGAGUUCAACGAGCAUCCUGCUGUUGGAGCCUUCUAAUGUUGUCAAUGGUAACAUCUGCAAUGUUUUAUGAAAAAGAGGACCCAUUGGAGAAGAAAAUACAAAUUGGACCUUUUUUACUGACUCCGAGUCAACUUAUUAUUGCUUUGGAAAGUGCCUUGAUUGUUUUGCCUGCAAGUCUGCUGAUUGUGUUCUUGUUUCGUAAAAGUGAACCUAAGAUAAAUACACAAGGAAGGCGGUAUCAUCUGGAGAAAAGCAAGAAAAAGCCAUUUUGUUCACUCCCUCAUUUUUGUGUGUAUAUUGGUUGGUUUCUCUGUAUAGGUACUGCAAUCACCUCUGCCCUCUUCACAGUGUUUUACUCUCUCAUGUGGGGAGGAGAGAAGUCGAAACAAUGGUUAGCAACGGUGGUGCUUUCGCUUACUGGAGAUGUUAUAAUCUCCCAGCCUAUCAAGAUACUUAUCGUAUCCAUCAUUGUAGCCUCGCGGAGUGGUUGUAGUCGAAGGAUGACGAUGGACACUAAGUCGACGAACGGACAUGACGGGAAGGAACUAACCAGUGUUGUGAAUCUUUCAUCCUGGGAUGUUGAACGUGCAAAAAAGUUUAAGAGAAACGAGAGAAGAAUGUAUGCUUACCUCAAGGAACUCGUGUUUUCAAUGACAUUCUUUGCACUUUUAUUGAUUGUUUGUUAUGGAGAAAAAAGUGACCACAGAUACAAACUAAAUGCGGCCACAGAGCGCAGCUUCCAGUUUUUUGAUAAUAUGGGCCGCUAUAAGAUUACCAAUACUACUCAGUUUUGGGGUUGGAUCGAGAACAUUUUCGUGCCAGAAGUUUUUGUGGAUGAUUGGUACAACGGAGAAAGAGAAAAAGUUUCAGAAUACAUCGGAAAUAAGCGAUCGAUUCUGGUCGGUAUGCCUCGUCUGCGACAACUAAGGAUCAAGGAAAAAUCCUGUGAAGUUCACAAACUGUUUAGAGACAUAGUAACAUCUUGUUUCGAUUCCUAUUCCUCCACAAAGGAGCAAAAAGGAACUUGGAUUGACCUAAAUAGCACUUCAGUGUUGUGCCCAGAAAAUUGGGAAUAUAAUGCAGACAGAAGGUUUGGCGGCUUUGAUUCUUGGGGUCGUUUUGCUGUUUACAGUGGUGGAGGAUACAUAGCUAAUUUAGGUUACAACAAGCUUAUAGCUAAAAGGAUUAUCAACGACUUGAAAGAAAACCACUGGAUCGAUCGUCAGACCAGAGCUGUGCUGGUGGAGUUUUCACUGUAUAAUCCACCGAGUAACCUUCUUGCAGUGAUGACAUACUACUUGGAAGUACUUCCUUCUGGAUUUGCUGGCACGUUCAAGAGCUAUGGAAUUUUGUCUCUGAGUGCAACAAAUCCUCAAGCUCAUAGCAAGUUUCUACUGUUUGUUUUGUUGUUCGGCAUUCUGCUUGCUUGCUCAUUCGUUGUCCAAUGUAUCAAACUCUACCGUCAGAAAUGUUCUUAUUUCAAGUCGUCAGGGUGGAACUGGUUGAACAUGCUACAGAUAGUCACUGCAUCAUCAGCAUUGUUCCUCCAAUGGAUGAAAACCAAGGCAGCAAAAAAAACCUUGUUCAAGCUUAAAGAAAACCCUUUUGUUCCCAUUGGCUUCCAUGAGGUGUUAAUUUGGUCUGAUCUUGAAAACCUGUUCAUUUGCAUAGCGUCUGUAAUUGCCACCCUGCGUCUUCUAAAAUGCUUUUAUUUCAUGCCACAAAUUAUAGUUUUCUCGGGGACACUCCGCAGAUCCUUUCCUUCAAUAUCUUCUUUCUUCUUGAUUUUUAUGGUAGUAGCGAUAGGUCAUUCUUUCUUAGGGGUCAUCGCCUUCGGAACCAAUAUUUACAUGUUCUCAUCAUUCAUAGACGCCAUUUCGUCGCAGUUCCUGAUGCUUCUUGGAAAAAAUAUUCCAGUAAAUGAACUGAUUUCUACAAAUCCUAUAUUGGGACGUCUUUUCUUUUUUAGUUUUGUCGCAAGUACGACAGUCAUUAUCGUAAAUACGUUCAUUGCAACCAUUAAUGAGCAUUAUGCUUUUUCAAAUUCCGAUAAAGUAGGAGAAGACCUAGAACUUGCACAGUUUAUAACCGACAGGAUAAGUGACACUUUUUUUGGCCAGAAAUCCAAUAGAAACCAGCCAUGGGCGGAACAAGAGAACCACGAGCUCUUUGAUUCCGAAAUUAUCGUAGAAAAUAGGUCGCCGGAAGAAACUACUCCGAGUACCUUAUCUCCAACACCGCAUCGUAGCCGUACACCUAAAUUAUCUUACAAACUAGAAGCGGCCGAGUACGAGAGUUUACAGCUUCGAUGACCUAUUGAAUGGAACAUUUACCUUUGAAGGCUACCAUGAACAACAUAGGAUUAAUCGGGCUGUUAACCCU